UCUCGUUGCACUUUCUCAGUGAAACUCACAGAGAACUACUCGUAACAGUAAAUUUAAUUGUUUUGUCUGUCAACCCUUUUCUUUUUUUUAUUCAAAAUUUUUUACAACUGAAUUUACAUCAUGCGAAUUAUUAUCCUGGUCUAUCUAACGGCCGCUCUAGUGUCAGCUCGACGCGUCCAAUUGCGUCCACAACUAGCAGCGCCCCAGAUAUACUACGAAGAUGAAGACACCCGACUAUCUGCUGCCGAAGAAGUAGAAGCAGAAGACGGAGCUAGUUAUUUAUCACAAAGACAAGACACUGCUUAUCAACCACGCACACGAGCACUUCCGUCGCCACGAUCCAAAGACAUCGAAAGCCCGUCAAAAGUCGCGCCGGUUCAGACAAUUCGUAAUUACAAUAAAGUAAAUGACGAUGGAUCAUUUACGUUCGGUUAUGAAGCAGCUGAUGGUUCAUUCAAAGAAGAAACUCGUGGUACUGACUGCGUUGUUCGCGGGAAAUACGGUUACAUUGAUCCAGAUGGCAAUCGUCGUGAAUUCGAAUACGUAUCCGGAAAUCCUUGCGACCCUAACGCACCUAAGGAAGAAGAUGAUGAGUUACCCAGUAAACAAGAACCCGACGAAAUCGGCGGACCAGCAAACUACCCAUUGAUUCGUCCACGGCCGCAAAAAAAUUACCCACGUAAGCCAACUGCCCGACCACCAACGACUAUUUUCCAAAGCGAACUGACUCUGGAAGACGAGGAAGCCAGCCAGGAAUUGAAAGCCAAUGAUGAACCGGUACUGAUCCGACCGACUUAUCGUCCAAAAGUUAAACCAAAUUACCUUCAAGUUUCUGCUGUUCAAGGAGAAAGUCUUUCCUACGAAAGCCCUAAUGCUGUUACACAGUCCGCCAGUACAACAGCCAGUCCCGUUUAUCGAGUGACCUCUCCAGCUCCACGUUAUCACAGUCUGGCCAGUCCGACAUCAUCUCGACACGUACCAACGCCAUCUUAUCAAGCCUAUGAGUCUACAUCCCCUCGUCCCCAAUCAACAGUUGCCAUUACACCCCGUCCCCAUUUACUACAAAUAGCCGCUCAAUAUGUUUCCCCCACCAGCACUGAAAGACCUGGUGUCAUUUACGCUAAGCAAAGAAGUACUACCGCUAAUUCAUUGAUACCAUCGCCGUCUUCCAACGACGUCCACCUCAAUUUCGCUGCCGAAUUAGAACGAUACGUAAAAACAGUUCCGGUAACAAGCCGACCAGUUGCCAAAGUAACCUCCGUAAAAGCUGACCCGAUUUACCAAUCGGAGCUGGUCUAUGACCCAACAAGUGGACAAUACAGCACCCAAUUGUAUCAGAGUUUACCCCAAUCUCUUGGCGACUAUCGGGUCAAUCAUAAAUUGCAACCAUACGUCGCUCAACAAACCGCGCAAUCUGCCCUUGGGCUUCAGCAGCAGCAACAGCAGCAUCAGUUACAGCAGCAGCAGUUGCAACAACAACAGCAACAACAGCAACAACAUUUACAACAACAACAGCAACAGCAGCAACAACGAUACCAACCCCAAUCGGUUCCAAGACCGACUCCGAGACCCCAACCACAGGAAACUAUUUACCGGCAACAGCAGACUGACCAAUUGUUGCAAUCCCAGCAACUUUUUGCCCAACAGCAACGACGUCAGCAACAACAGCAGCAACAACAACCGAAAUAUCAGUAUUUAGGCGCGCAAAGAGAUCCAAAUUCUUACUAUUAUGCUGUUGCUCCAUCACAAUCCCCCAGCUCUGCUCCACUUUCCAUAAGUCAAAUUGAUCAAUUCUUACGUGGCAGUACAGCUGGAUAUUAAUUAUCCCAUAACAUUAUGAGAAUAAAUCGAGAUUUUAAGUGGAGGUAGAGGUGAUAGAGCUGGAGUAUUAUAACAGAGUUUAAAGAGUGAGAAAAUUUUGUAUUGCCGUUGCUAAAUAAUUGUGGUGCUUUUAUGCAAUUAAUGAUAAUUUAGAUACUUCGGCGGCUUUUACAUUUACAUUGUAAUGUUUUGUCUGAUGUGUGGGUAUACACUACUAUUAUUAUUAUUAAUAUUAUUAUUUUGAUUUAUGAUUUGUGAGUUUACAUAAAUUUUAUCGCCGCGAAACCGAUUGCACACUAGGAAAAUAUGUCUGUAUUGUUUGAUACUGUUUAAUACUCAAUUGCAAGAGUCGCAGUUGCCAAAAUAACUUUUUUUUUGUUAGAUGUAAGAUUUUUUGUAACGUUAAUGGAUCAGUUAAACGGUUUACUAUUUGCGGGAGACUUUUUUUUGAAAUCAGGGAAGAAAUUUGAGAUAUUGUUUUUUUUUCAAAAAAGAGGUAAGGAUACAGUCGUUUGAUUAAAUAUAUCAUGGAAUGAGAUUAUAUCGAGGACGGGGCAAGGGGGUACCCCUAAAAUUUUAUAGGUAAAUUUUUUUUGAAUGUUUUUCAAAAAUUUUAAAUCACUUUUGUAAAUAUACCGUGUAAAAAAAUUGUUCAAAAAGGUUAAAAAAGUGUUGACUAUUCUGAACUUCAUAAUUUGACACAAUGACGAACUUUUUUUAAACGAUUUUCAAACUUCUAAAAAUGCACAGAAAAAAAACGAUUGACUUCAUACUACAAAUUAAUAUUUUUCAGUGCAAAAUACCCUGAUUAAAGACUCGGAUUGAAAGUCUAUCAGAUUUCAAUCGGAACCAAUCGAAAUUCAGCGGUUUCAAUCAGAAUUUUUAAUUAGGGUACGUUCAGAAAAAAAAGGAUUUCGAACAAUUUCUGACCAUUUUUCGUUUUAUCAUAUCUCAAUAGUAUUGGGACAUUUAUUGAUUUUUCCCUUUAAUUUUCAAAAGUUUAAAAAAAGUUCAGCGUUGUGUCACGUUUUGAAGUUUGGAAUAGUCAACACUUUUUGAACAAUUUUUUUUACACGGGAUAAUUGAGCAUUAUUUUGAAUUUUUCGUAAACUUGUUCAAAAAUCGAGUGUGAAAAAUGUUAAUGACUUUUGUUUUAUGAUAAAAAAUAUUAAAAUUUUUUUUUCUUCCUUUGUACCCAAUAAUUAUGUGAAAUGUAAAUUUUCUUUAUGUAAAUUACUUAGAAAAAAAUUUGAUUUAAUCAAAUUUAUUUAUUUUGAGUUUUUUUUUACAUUUUUUUUUAGAAGGUACCCCAUUUUGCCCCCUUUCCCCCUUCCUAUAUAUGCAAAUAUUAACUUUCGAUGGUGAUACUUCCGGAAUUACAACGGUCGCAGUUCCUGGGAAUUGGAACCCAGUAUUUUUGGCCAAAGUAGAAAUAAAACUGAUCAAUUUUGUUUUUGUAACAAAUUUUGAUUUAAAUAUUUUCAAAAAAGCCAGAAUCUGUUUCUAUAAUAAGUAAGGGAAUAAGCGUACUUUGAUAUAAAAUCAGUUAAAAAUUUCAAUUUGAAAAAAAAUUUAUUUUAGUAAAUAGAGUUCAAAAAUUUCAGUUAUCAAAAAAAAGUAUGAUUGGUUUUUUUUGAAAUAUCUCUGUAAAUAUUGAAUUUUCGGAAAAAUUGUAAGAGACCUUUUUUGUAGAGCUUAAAAUUUCCUAUGAAAAAGGUAUCUUACAAUUUUUCAAAAAAACGAAUCGUUAUCAAGAUAUUUGGAGUUUCAAAUUUAAAAAACUAUACAGCAAAAUUUGGAGUUCAAAAUUUGGAGAAUUGAAUUUCUAAAUUUGGUGUUGAAAAUUUUCAGGGAUUUUCUUGUGACCGUGACCGUUAAAAGUAAAACACAGUAUCUGGAAAACUUGAUGCCAUAUAUUUAAAGUUUAUCCAAUAAGAUCAGAUACCAAUACUCAGCUAAAAAUAAAAUAAAAAAAAAACUAUAAACGACGCAGUAUUUUUAUAAAUAUUUACUUACAAUCUUGACAUUUAAAAAAUAUAUAAAAAACUAAAUUACAAAGGUCAAUAACUGAGACAUUAACUUUAUUUAUAACUAAUGAAAGAAUUCAAAUUGUGAUUGCGUCAACUUGUCCGUCCAUAUGUAGCAUAAUUAUCUCAUUUUACUAUUCAUAUGUCGCAUUAUAUAUUUCUAAUGCCACAAAAGCGUUAAUAAUAAUAACUUCUUUUUAUAUCCAUCAAAAAUUUUGUUAUUUUUAAAUUUAAAUAAGAAAGUUCAGGCCAGUCCCUAAAAAUCUUGACAAAAAUUUUUUUUACCUAUUCUGUAAUUCAAAAUUUUAUAUUGACACCUUGGGGUAAAAUGGCCUUUCAAAAAUUUUAUUCAAGUCCCAUUUUGGCCCGGGUUCAUUCAAGAAAUUCAAAAAAUUGACGUUCAUUAAAUUCAUAGAUUUUAUUUUUACUAAAAAAAUAUAUAUAUUUAUAUAUAUAUGAAAGAUUAUUAACGCAAAUUGUAAAUAUUUUUGAUAAUAUAAAUACUUAUUAUCGUUUAUAAUAAAAAAUAAUAAUUAUCAUAUUUUUACUCUAUAUAUUAUUUCUUUAAUUGUAAUACAUUUUAAUAGUAAUUAGUAUAAAUCCAAAUACAUUAUGACCGUUUUUUGUACCUUUAUAUUGAACAUGUAUCAAAAAUAAAAUUA